AUGCCCGAUCGUCCAUGGGAGAAAGUUAAAGUUGACUUUUAUGGGCCUCUCCCAUCGGGACACUACGUGCUGGUAGUAAUUGACUGUUAUUCACGAUUUCCUGAAGUGGAAACUCUGAAGUCCAUUUCAGCUAAGAAGGUUAUUCCUAAAUUGGAUUCUAUAUUUUCGAGGCACGGUAUCCCUGCUCAGCUCACUUCUGAUAAUGGACCGCCAUUCCAGGGGCAUGAAUUUAACCAAUAAAUGACUGCCAUGUGUAUAAAACAUUGCACCUCCACACCGUUAUGGCCGCAAGGAAAUGCAAAGGCUGAAGCAUUCAUGAAGCCUCUUGGCAAAUGUAUCAGGUCUGCACACUUGCAAAAGCGACCAUGGCAGCAGGAACCCUCAAAGUUCUUACUUACAUAUAGGCAAACCCCACACUCUACAACCAAAGUUCCCCCAGCACAACUUUUGUUCAAUCGCAAUAUUCAAGGGAAAUUGCCAACAAUUACACCAACCCAUUAGUCAACAGACACAGCGAAGCACAGGCAAACCAAGGACAACAGAGAGAUAAGGCAAAGCAAUAUGCAGAUAAGAGACGCCAUGCUCGACCAAGCAACAUUAAAGUUGGUGACCAGGUCUUGGUGAAGCAGCAAAAGCGCAAUAAGUUAUCAACUAACUUUUCUCCCCAACCAUAUACGGUGACGGCCAUCAAGGGUUCCAAGGUGGUAGCAGAAAAUAAAGACCAUCGGAUCACCCGAAAUUCUUCAUUUUUUAGGAAACUUAAUAAGGAAAAGUGGAUGGCAGAAGAAGAAGACGACGAAAUGCCGGUAGCUAGAACGAGAGGAAGUGAAGUAGAAAAUGCCGGGGAGAUACAGCAAGAGGAACAACAUGAUGGUUUGAGAAGAUCAACAAGAAACUGCAUGCCGGUUGAACAUUAUGGGUUACCUGUACAUUCGUCAAUAAUAACUUGA